UUUUCCAACAACACUUUUGGUUGAAGGAGAUGUUGUGGAAAUGCUAUAUGGCGACGUGGCUCCGUGUAGAAUGAAAUAUUUGGAGCAAAAAGAUUUAGCACCAAAAUAUUUGGAAUCAUCCCAUGUCCUUAAGCCAACAUUUUUCGAAAAGAUGUCGUCACAUGCUUUAUGGGAACAAAACAUAAAUAACGAGGGGAGAUAUAAAUUCGUUCUCUUAGAAACUCCCUGGGCAAAUUGCCUGAGAUCCGCACUAAACCAGACCCGACCCGCUACAGUAAUAACUAAACAGGCAGAAAUUUUGGAACGAGUUUUCCUGCAUCGAUUCGUUUUUGUUAUACUCGCAAUGUCGUUUUUGAUUAACCUGCUAAGAUAUAUGUCGUCCGAGGCUCCUAGCAAUAGACACGGAGAUCAGGUCUUUGAAACAUUGGUGAUUCUUCCUAUGUAUUCCAUCAUACCCCUGAUCCCAUUAGCUUUUCCGGUUCUUUGGGUGGUGACUCGUGGUUUUGCGAAUGCUACAAUACUAGUUUUAUUUGAGGCCCUUCAAAUUUCCAAGACCGAGUAUGAAGACGACGAGGAGGUGGACGAGUUUGAUGCCGAGGCCCCGCCGCCUACAAAAAAUGUUCAUAUUGACAAAGCUGAUCUAUGGAGAAAAUUUCUGUAUCUCAAUAAUCCAUUGGAUGGCGCGUCACUGGUCCGAUCGACCAAUUUAUUCGAGUCCUUGGGUAGCACCACUGUGAUCUGUUUUCUUGAUCGUGAAGGGAUUAUCUCCUCUCCGUUCGCUUCAGUUGACCAGAUAUUAUUGCCUAAUGAAGAGGAGGAUAUCACUGUCCUUGACAUUGCCGAGGAUCCGAGCACUGCAUUUCGGGUCAAAUUCGAAGAUCAAGAUUGGGAUCAACAUUUAUCUCGUCUGAAACCUUUAGGACUCAACUUACUACUGAACACAAACUGUGGUGUCCUGCAGGGGCGCAAGCGGGCAGAUCAACAUAGAAAGCAUUCGAGUCUUUACAUCCAUGCUAAAACGAAACCUGCGAGGCAAUGUAGAGAAAUAGGUUUUACGGACGAGGCACUUCGACCAUUCGUCAAAAGAAAGGAGAUAUAUACGAGUGCACCUUGUCAUCCAUCGUUAAGAGAGCGUAUAAGGAACGAUCAGUGGGAGGUUCCUAGUAUGAUUUCUUCAAUCUGUGAAGAACUAGAACGAGGAAGCUACCAGUUGCUAUCCGACGGUCAUUUAGAGAUCAUAUUAGACAACUGUUCGGAUUAUUGGAAUGGUCUGGGACUACAGGUUAUGAACAAAGAGAUGGAGGACAAGAUAUAUGAAUUUUAUGAAAAUGCAAUCAUAAAUGACAUGCAAUGCAUCGCGUACGCAUAUCGUCCGAUCAACGUCGAGAAUGGAAAUAAGAUUCCAUUCUUAACCACCACAGCGAAUGAUUCCGAGGGAGCAUACCUAGUAUUACCCAGUCCCCCCGAGAUUGAUCUGAUCACAAGGUCGGAAGGUGAUGAAGAUCUUUCCCUGUCGCAAUUGGUCAGAUUACAUCGCCUGAAUAGUGGAAUGUUGGAUGCAAACCUUCAUGAUUUUGCCUUUGAUCAGAACGUGACACCAAGUUACGAAAAAUCAUUUUAUCAGGAUGUGAUUCAAGGCCAAAUCUUUCUUGCAAUGGCAACACUCUGCCAUCAACCCAAGCCUGAUGUUUGUGAUUUCAUUGAAGAUUUGAAAUUGGCGGGAAUAAGAUUUGUUUACUUUUCUCCGACGGCCGAAAGGGAAAGCAAAGCUUAUGCUAUAAGGCUUGGACUUGAAAUCAGUUGGAACAGCUGUAUACUUUUAUCGUCGCCCGAUGACGAAAGCGAUGGCUAUUUGGAGUCCCAUGACAUAAAGGCCCGACUUCCGCAUGGAACCGGUGAGAUCAGAGAUCAUCUACGGGAUGUAGAUGAUAUUCCACUUCAUGUCUCUUUAUUUGCCGAAUGUACACCGGCGAAUACGCAAGAGAUGAUCAAAAUAUUCCAAGAGUAUGGGGAGGUCGUGUGUUGUAUCGGUAGUGCCCUCAAUUCCUUCAAUACUCCUUGUUUUGCUGUGGUAUGA